AAAAACAUAAAAGCAUAGCAUAGCUUUGACCAUAACGCAUAACCUUGUUUAUUGCCGGUUCUAAUUUGAAUAAGUGUUUUAUUUAAAUAUAAAUAAUGAAAAAAUUCAAGCGUGCACAGGCCGAAAAUCAAGCGUCUAUUCAGAGAUAUUUGAAUAAAAAUACAAUUGAAUCAUCUAGUGAUGACGACGACGAUGAUGAUGAAGAUAAAAUUACUAACAAUACCGAGCGAUUACAGCAAGCUGUUAAUAAAACAUUAUCAUCUUAUCAAUUCGAGGGUGGCGAUGGUGAAAAAACUUUGUCAUAUUUAACAGAAAUAUUUCAAUCGGGCGGAGCCGUCUGUUUGAUUUGCAUUUCAACUGUUAAAAAAUCUGAUCCCAUAUGGAGCUGCGGGACGUGUUAUUCAUUCAUGCAUUUAACGUGCAUUCAACACUGGAUACGAGACAGUUUGAUAUACAAACAAGAAAAAGGAAUAGAUAAAUUAUGGGCCUGUCCCAAAUGCCGUCGAGACUAUCCCGACUCCGAGGCACCAACAAACUACUAUUGCUUUUGCGGUAAAACAAUAAAUCCACCUUACCAACCAUGGACAAUACCACACUCAUGCGAAGAAACUUGCGGUAAAUUAUUACAGCCACCAUGCGGUCAUUCUUGUAUUCUACUUUGUCACCCGGGACCAUGUCCGCCAUGUCCAAAAAUGGUUACGACAGCCUGUUAUUGCGCUAAAAAACCCCCGCAACCACGUCGCUGUAAUGCUAAAUACUGGAGCUGUGGAAGCCCUUGUAGUAAAGUUCUUCCCUGCAAUCAUAAAUGCCCAGAAAUUUGUCAUUCGGGAGCAUGCCCACCUUGCAAUACUUCCGUAACUGUUCCCUGUCACUGCACUGCCCAAACUAGUACAAAAAAAUGCACUGAAUCUUCAUGGAGAUGCGACAAACCAUGCAACAGAUUAUUCCCAUGCAAAAUUCACCAAUGCCUGGAACUCUGUCAUCUCCCCGCUGAUUGUGGUGACUGCCCAUUAGCUAAAAAUCGCACCUGCCCAUGUGGUAAAAAACGAUAUCAAGUAUCAUGUGCACAAGCUACUGUACCAACAUGCGGUGAUACAUGCGGCAAAUUAUUGAACUGCAAAUCGCAUUACUGUAGCAUGCGUUGUCAUCCAGACUCUUGCGGUCAAUGUCUGGAAGUUGUAUCAAAGAAAUGCCGUUGCGGCAGUUUCACCAAAGAAAUGGCAUGCACUAAAGAAUAUCAUUGUAACAAAAAAUGCACUCAAAUGCGUCAAUGCGGCCGGCAUCAAUGCAACAAAAAAUGCUGCGACUGUAUAGCAACAAACAAUUACAAUACUUGUGAAAAAAUUUGCGAUAAUCAAUUGAAUUGUCAUAAACAUAAAUGCCCAAUGCGUUGUCACAGUGGGCCCUGUUAUCCAUGUCCGCGAACAAACGUCAUACAAUGCCGUUGCGGUGGCUCUAAAAUAACGGUCCCUUGCGGUACAACCAAACGUAUAAAGCCGCCCAAAUGCACUAAAUUAUGCAAAAUACCUCCAGAUUGUCAUCACAGUAAACGGGAAUCCCAUAAAUGUCAUCAGGGGCCUUGCCCACCGUGUCGUAAAAUUUGCGGGCUUGUAUACAAACAAUGCGGCCAUGAUUGUAAAGUCGUUUGUCACACCAACGUAUGGACCAAAGUACUCGUUAAUGGUUCCCAUCAACCAGCAGGUCCUUGGGAAACACCCAAAGAAGCGUUGCAGCUUAAAACCUUUCCCUGUCCACCUUGUGAAGUUUCUGUCAUGGUGACUUGUCUUGGUGGCCAUGAAACCAAACCCUGGCCGUGUUACAAAGCUACGCCUACUUCUUGUUUACGUGUUUGCGGGCAAUUGUUGAAAUGCAGUAACCAUACAUGCCAAUUGCUUUGCCACAAGUUGAAUGAUCGUGGUGAUGGUCCAGGAAAUAGUAAUCAGCUUUGUAUGCAAUGUGAAUUACCUUGUUUGCUACCAAGACCUCAAGGUUGUUCUCAUGCAUGUCCAAAACCUUGUCAUCCAGCGCCUUGUCCAGAUUGUAAACAGAUUGUUAAAGUUCCCUGUCAUUGUGGUAUCAAUAGCCUGUACAAACGAUGUUCCGAACUAACCAAUGCAACAUCAGAACAGAAAAAUGAAUUACUGAAAUGUGGGAAUCAAUGUCCGCGUAAUUACUUAUGUGGGCAUCGUUGUAUUGACGAUUGUCAUCCUGGCCCAUGUCGUGGUCAAGAAAAUUGUGACAAACGUGUGAAGAUAACGUGCAGCUGUACAAGAAUAAAGAAGAAUUUUAUGUGCAUUGAUGUACAAAAUGGUAAAGCGGUCGUGCGAUGUGAUGACCGAUGCGAGGCACUGAAAAUUGAGAAAGAAAAAUUACGUCAAGCUGAAUUAGAGAAGAAGAAACGUGAAGAAGAAAUAAGAAACCAAAAAGAAAUCGAAAAAUUUGAACGUAAAUUCAAACCAAAACGUAAGAAUAUUAAAGUUGACAACAACCAUGACGAAGACCAUGAGCAUCAAUAUCUCUUUAUAAAAUUUAUGGUACUAGGAAUUGGUUUGAGUAUGAUGGUAUAUCUUGUUACAAUUUAUUUAAAUCAGUAAAUUACUAAAUUUAUACGGUUUUUUUAAAUUUUAUACAAUUUACCAAAGAUCGUGUUAUGUUGUGUAGUUGAAUGAUGUAAUGGUUAAUAAAUAAAUUAAUACAACGAUAUUUUUUAUUGUUUAU